AUGGCUUCCCUAUCCAAUUUUGCCCUCCCUCUGCUGGCCCUCCUCCCUGUCCAUGUCCUCGCCCAGUCAACCCCGCUGAAUGCCACCGAAAUAUGCACCAGCUACUUCGGCAACGAUGCAGCAUGGUACAUUCCCCGGAUUCCACUCUUCCAGUCUAGUGAUACGCAGCUCAACGAUGUGUACUACUACCGCUGGAACAUCUUCCGGGCCCACCAGCGGGACCUGGGCGCCAACGGCUACAUCUCGACCGAGUUCAUCGACGACGUGUCGUGGGAGCUCCUCCCGUUCGCCGCGCUCAACGACGCUACGGGUUUUCACCUGGGUGAGGGCCGGUGGUCGCGCGACAGGCGGUUUGCCCACGACUAUGUCGACUUUAUGUACAAGUUGCAUCCCGAGACUUCGACCUACGGCAACGACAGGCACUUCAGCGAGGCCAUCGCAGACUCCUCGUGGCGCGUAUUCCUGGUCGACGGCGACCUGGGCGCCGUCUCCCAGCACCUGGACGCCAUGAAGACCAUCUACGACCAGUGGGACGACCACUUCGACUCCAGCAAGGGCCUGUACUGGGUCGAGCCCCUGGCCGACGCGACAGAGUACACCAUCAGCAGCAUCGACGCCAGCGGUGGCCAGGACGGAUUCACCGGCGGGGAAAGUUUCCGCCCCAGUAUCAACAGCUACAUGUAUGCGAAUGCCAAGGCGAUCGCGAGCAUCGCGGCGCUGACGGGCGACUCGGCCACGGAGCAGCUGUACACGGCUCGUGCGGACUGGCUCCAGGGCAACUUCACAACCAGCAUGUGGAACAGCACCUUUGAGCAUUUCAUCGACCGCUUCAAGGUGGACAACCAGUACGUGAAGUACUGGGACUUCAUCCGCGGCCGGGAGCUCGUGGGCCUGGUCCCCUGGAACUUCGACUUCGUGCCGGCGUCCACGCCCGAGGUCGACUACAACGCCGCGUGGAAGCACGCCCUCGCCACGGACGAGCUGCGCGGCGAGGCAGGCCUCCGGACCGCUGAGCCCAGCUACGAGUACUACAUGCGGCAGUACCGCUACGACAGCGUCUCGAAGCUCAAGGAGUGCCAGUGGAACGGCCCAAUCUGGCCCUUCCAGACCACCCAGGCCCUGGGCGCGAUGUCCAACCUUCUCGAUCACUACAAUCAGUCAGUCAUCACCAAUGGCGACUACGUCGACCUCCUGAGGCAGUACACGCAGCUGCACUUCGACAGCGCGGGCGUUCUCAACCUCGAGGAGGACUACUACCCCAACAACGGCUCCGCGCUCGUCGGGCUGGCGCGCAGCCCCCACUACUUCCACUCCGGCUACGUCGACCUGAUCCUGUCUGGGCUGGUAGGCAUCCGGCCGCGCGCGGACGACUCGCUCGAGGUCAACCCGCUGGUGGACGGCAGCAUCUCCUGGUUCCGCGUCGACAACGUCCCGUACCACGGGCACGACGUCAGCGUGCAGUGGGACGUGGACGGGUCGCACUUCGGCGGCUCCGCCGGGCUGGUCGUCGAGGUCGACGGGGCCGAGGUGGCCUCGUCGCCGACGCUCGCCCGCCUCGUCACCCCGAUCUCCGCCGCCUCGGCCCCGGCCAUCGACAGGCCGCUCGCGAAGUCCAUCCAGCUGCAGAGCGACACCCAGUACCCCGCGGGCAGCAGCUCUGUCUCGGGGGUCGACGCGCAGCAGAUCCACGACGCCAUCGACGGGCGGGUCUGGUUCUGGACCGACGUCGUCAACGGGUACAACUCCGCUGUCGGCGACGGUAACGCGUCGCAGUGGUUCGCGGUCGACUUUGGCGCCAGCACCGAGAUCAGCCGCGCCGAGAUCGCCUUCUACGAGGGCGACGAGCCGGGGACGUACGCCUACGUGGACGGCACCUAUGCCAGCGUGACGGGCACGUACGCGGUCCCGGCGAGCUACUCCGUGCAGAUACAGGACGGCAGCGGCGCGUGGACCGACGUGACGACCACCAAGGCGGACGAGCCUCUGGCCAACGGUAUCACCAACGUCGAGUGGAAAUCUGCCACGACUAACAACGUUCGGCUGGUGUUCGUACCGCAAGCUGGGAAACAGGUUCGUCUCGUGGAGUUCAAGGUCUUCUAA